UCACAAAACACCAAAGAAGAAGAGCAGUCGCUAACCGGAUGUUACGUCAAAUCCACAAACAACCCAAGGCUGCUGAAAUUUCUCUGGAGCAAAGCAGCAUUUUCUGGAAUAACCCUAAGUGGAAAACGAUUAUAAAUCAGCACUGGGAAUUUAUUCGUCUAUAAAAGAAAACUGGGACGCUGAAGAGCAAGGUUGGAAAAAGUUCUACAAAACCAUGGUGGAAUAUUAUCACAUUUUAGGUGUCCAAAGAAAUGCAUCUCAGGAAGACAUUAAAAAAGCGUACAGAAAAUUGGCACUAAAAUGGCAUCCAGAUAAAAACCCAGAAAAUAAGGAAGAGGCAGAGAAAAAGUUCAAGGAACUUUCUGAGGCCUAUGAAGUUCUGUCAGAUGCCAACAAGAGGAACAUGUAUGAUCGCUAUGGUAAAGAAGGUCUAACAACAAACAAUGGCGGAGGUGGUGGACAUUACCACAAUGGUGAUCACUUCAACGAAGGGUUCACGUUCCGCAAUCCAGAAGACGUCUUCAGGGAGUUCUUUGGGGGUCGAGAUCCUUUUGCUGAUUUCUUUGGAGGGGAUCCGUUUGGGGAUGAGUUUUUUGGUGGAGGGCGGAGGCACCACAGGGGGGUGAGCAGGAGUCGGACGGGGGGUCCCUUCUUCGGGGGAUUCGGAGGCUUCCCACCCUUUGGUGCAGGUUUUACAGCAUUUGAACCAGGCUUUACCUCUUUUGGACACAUGGGUCAGAUGGGUCACAUGGGUCAGAUGGGUCACAUGGGUCAGAUGGGUCACAUGGGCCACAUGGGUCAUCUGGGAGGAGGCGGCGGCCACGGCGGCUUCACUGCUUUCUCCACCUCCUUUGGCGGUGGGGGUGGAGGUGGGGGUGGAGGUGGUGGGAUGGGCAACUUCCGCUCUGUGUCAACCUCCACCAAAUUCAUCAACGGCAGGAAAAUCACAACAAAAAGAAUUGUGGAGAAUGGACAGGAACGAGUAGAGGUGGAAGAAGACGGACAGUUAAGAUCACUAACCAUCAAUGGGACAAAGCCUAAUGCCGCAGUCCAACAGGAGGAGUGCAGACAAACUGUUACUGCACACUCCUCUAGUGCACACGCCUCCCGGUCCCCUGUUUCCCGUCCUCCUCAUCAUGUAAAGACUUCCUCCCAGACUUCCUCCCACAGUCCCAAUCCAGACAGAGAGGAGGGAAGGAGCCCUGCUUCAGGACACAGUGAAAACAAGAGGAAGAAACCCAUGCCCGAGCCCACAGAGGAUGCCAAAAAGAGAAAAACAUAAUGGAUUCAGUAUACACAUCAGAUCCUUGUCCUUCUAGUCAGCUACGUAAACAACAUGUCAUUAAUACACCCUUAACAAGUAAUAUUGUUUAAAGGACACUUAAAUAUGGGGUGCUAAAAGCUCUUUAUCAAGCAUGCACACAUACUAUAAAUGUAUAAUCCUGACUACUUUUCUAGUAUAUAUACUAUCUUAUGACCUUUCGAAAAUACCAAGAGCAAACAUCCCCAUGUGGUUAUAUUUGACCAAAUGAUUCAGAAAACCAUGCAAAUGACAAUUGAAAUGAUUUUAAAUCAUGACACUUGUGUUUCCUUACAUACUGUAAUGUGCAUUAGUAAAGGAACACUAUGUCAAUUAGUUUAACUGCAAUAUUGGAUGGGUGAUGUGCAGGGGUGAAAAUAUGAUACGUUUUAAGGGUGGUGGUAGUUGCAGGGGGGGUGGUUAUGUGUAUUAAUAAUAGUCCAAAUCAAGGAGGAUGCACCAAGUCUUCUUUUGUUAACAAUGGUGAUACCAUACCCCGACAUUCCUUCUUAAUCCAACCCAUGGUUUUGUGUACAGUGCAUUUAGUAGGAAACAGCCCAUGAUAAUAUAUGUUGCUGUUACUUCCUGGCUGCCAGUGCCCUCAGCAGAGGGUUCCAUUUGCUCUGACAGGGGAGGGGCUUGUCCCUGUAGCCCUGGAACAGCUGAGGACCGUCGUGCUCUUCUGCCUCUGAACUGAUCUCCAUCUUCUGAACGAUCAGCUUCAGAAGGUUGUGCUGCUUCUCAAUAAUAUUAGACAUUUCCUUCAACCUGGAGAAUGAAUAGAUGAUCUAUUUGAAUAGUCUCAAAAGGA